GUGACAGUGUCUUAAAUGCUGCUUCCACUGACUCUGAGAACCUUUAUCUAGAGCACUACCAUGGAAGUCUUCCAAUCCGCUCCCAGAUUGUACUCUUUGUUCUCAACUAUUGUAGGAGUGGUGCCUUCAAAGUCAUCUUCUGUAAUACUGACAUCAAAACUAUGUCCACCAGUUGUAAAAAUCCGUCAUUAUGCAUCCCUAAUGACCUUGAACAUGAUUGGAUAGAUUUAAAGGAUAUACCAGAUGUCGUGCUUCAGAGUUGCUUUCCUUCUGUUCUGACAUCAAAUGGUUUACUUUGUUGUGUUGGGCUGUGCAUUGUCUUGCGAAGAAUUGUACAGCAAACUCAUAACAAAUAUCCAGAGAGAAAUUUGAUAUCACUAUUGGGGUUCCAACAAAAUUGUUUGAAAGGUUUUGCAGAAGGUAGCAGUUGGACUAAGUACUGUGAGAUAGAUCUACCUGCUGAUCUUCAAAACUGUCUGCAUAAUAUUGACACAGUUCCAGUGUCUAUCCGAAAACUUGAGAAGUGCUUAUCUCUGCCUGUCAAGAUAUCAAACCAACAGAAACAUCAACGAAAACUUAGGAAAAUUGUGGCAGAGAAGACAGAUACUACAGAUGUAGUAUCUCAGACUUCUAAUUCUGGAAUGUCAUCAGAAGAAACUGCUUCUAGACAGGAAUCUGAUGUAGUCAGUUAUAGCUCAGAAGAAAGUAAGAAAGAUAGAUUUCUCAAGAAACAUAGAAAUGUACAAUAUUGUGAGGAACCAGAUAAUAAACACAUAGAUUUGGCUUCAGGAUCUGAUGGAAGACUUCAGAUUAAAACUGCAUCAUCAGAACUAAGUAUUAAAUCUAAACUAAAGAGGGCUGCUGAAGAGAGUUUACCUGAACUAGAACAUAUAUUUGCAGAGGGAAUCAGUAUGACACUGACUGAUCUUGUGGUAUUCCCAUGUAUCCAUCUUCUUUAUAAAGCAAUGCAAAAUGGCCACAUGGCUAUGUUCAAGAAAAAUCCAUUGGUCCUGAAGUGGUACCACAGAAUGUGGAACUUGCCAGAAAUCAAAGAAUGUGCUGAAGCCUGUGGAAUGAGAAUGGUAAUUCCCACAGAAGACCUGCCAAUGAUUUCCAACAGUGAUGAUGAAUCACAACCAGAAAUAGAAGUGCCGAAUAGUGAAGGUACUGGAAUGAAAGAAGCAAAACCAGUGUCAAAACAUGGAAUGCGAUUGGCUAUUCAGCGUAAAGCGGCAACUCUUCUGAAGACUAUAAAUGAUGGAGGAUAUGUGCUUGAAUAUAUGGAUCACCCAUCUGCCAACAUCAAGAUCCUCUGGGAUGAGCUUCCUCCACAAGUUCAUCCUGCUUACGGUGAUGUACCAAGUGGCCGUUCAGAACGAAAGUGUCAACAGAUUGAGAACAUCGUUGCAGCUGUGAAGUUGAUUGCUGAACCAGGAGACAAAGUGGUGGAUUUUUGUAGUGGAGGGGGACAUCUUGGCAUAGUAUUAGCUUCUGUUUUACCAGAGUGCCAUAUUAUACUAGUUGAAAGUAAGGAAGUUUCACUUACUAAAGGCCUGAACCGAGUAAAAGAAUUGGGACUAAAAAAUGCCACAUUCUACCUUGGAAAUAUUGAUUACUAUCAUGGAAGCUUCAACAUAGGGGUAUCAUUGCAUGCCUGUGGAGUUGCUACUGAUAUGGUGAUAACAAGAUGUGUGCAGACUAAUGCCUCAUUUGCCUCCAGCCCUUGUUGCUAUGGCGCUGUUCGGGACACCCAUGUCAUAACCUAUCCAAGAAGUGAGAAACUACGAAAUCGACCAAUCUCUUACGAGGAUUACAGAAUAUUGGCACAUGCUGCAGAGCACACAUCCUGGGAUUUUGAUAGCGACCGUGCCAAGGAAGCAAAAUUGUGUAUGGCGUGUAUCGAUUCUGAUAGACUAUUUUACACCAGACAAUAUGGUUACCGUGUAUGGAUGACGACAAUGCAACCAUUUACAUGUACACCCAAGAACAAUCUCCUGAUUGGUGUCGCAGAAAGCAGACAACACAAACUGCAGACAAUUGCAGGCAUAUAGAAUAAUGUAGGAAUUUAUUACACAGAAUUAUGCAAUAAUUCUUAUAAUAAUAAUAAUUCUUAAUAAUUAUUGCAGAAAGCAAUAAUGGCAAGUUGAGGGAAUGCAAUGCAUUCUAAUUGUCUGCGGUACCAGAUCAACUAGAUAAAAUUUAAAUUAGGCUAUGCUAGUAGCGUACCUAUGAGUAGAAAAAUUGGAGUGGGACGUGAAAAUAAAUUUCAAGAGCUCAUAUUUUUGCUUAGAAAAUGUUCAAGGCAGGUGGGGUGACUAGGGAGGUGUCAGCUUUUUUGGGGCAUGGGGACAUCAUGUUCAAUUAAAGAAAGGAAGUUUUCAGGAUGUUUUCACUUUUUAAAUAGAGCAGGAUAAAUAUUUAAGCACCCUACAUUGUUACACAAAGAGUUUCAAUAUUUCAGAUUUUAGAGAAUUUGCAGAAUGCUAUUUCCAAUGAUAUACAUCUACUUGCACUUGCUUAUUUUACAUAGAAAUUAAGGAUUAUUUUUUUCUAGUUUAUUAUAUUAUAGGACUUCUUGUAUAAAUCAGAUCAUUUUUAAGAAAGGAAUUUUAUCAGCUUUUAAAGACAACUACUGUACUACAAAUUAUAGUAUUAAAGAAAAGAAAUUUCCACAAAUAUUAACAUUUGUUUUCUUUUAUUUGUAUUAACAUAUUGUAUUUGUAAUAUAGUUUCUAAUUAUAGACUCAAACUUCAGCCCUGUCCAGACUAUCAAAUUUUAUUUAACAAAAACUUGUGACAUGCCUAAAUAUGGUCAUGAUGUUAUGUCAUCACAACCAUAUAUAGGCAUGUCACAUUUUCAGGGCAUACAGUUUUUCAACAGAGCUUUACAUUUUCUCAUAUUUCAAACACUUUCUAUACUCUUUCAUUUAAAACAAGAAGUAUUCUCAUAUUCCUAUUUUCAUACACACAUGUAUAGUAAGUACAUUUUAUUAGUAGAGAGGCGAAGGUAGAUAAUGCUCAGAACCAAUCCCUGUAUAACAAGCUCAAUAUAUUAUAUUCUCAAAAAACAUUGAAUAAAACAUACAUAUCAUAAGCAAUCCCAGUAUAACAAUCUCAGGAAGAUUAGAUUCUCAAUCUUAACAGGCAUUAAUGAAGAAUGCAGGCUCUACUACAAAUUAUAUUUAAAAAAGGUACUGUAUUGAACAUUUUCCAGUAGAAGGAAUUUUUGUUUUCACAGUAUUUUCGUGAUGCACUACAGGC